GAAGAGUCGCAGUUUCGUAGUUCAAAACAAACCACUUCCCUGGUGUUGUCGCAUAACGAGCGCGUUUGUUCUCUGAAUAUUAAUAUUUACGAUCGAGAUGAGGACCUAAAGCCCCUCUAAACGAGGCACUGUAAGCCUUCUAAACUCCGAGCUGUGGUUAGCUUAGCAUCGAGCGGGGCUCCAUGGACUCCCCAACAGGAUGUGGGGUCCGCUCGCUCGGCCCAGGUGACGCUGCCGUCCCCGGGCCGCAACCCGCGGGACGGCCGCCUCUUCGGCCGUACCACCUGCACGGCUCCCCGGGGAGCGUAACGGUGGAGUCGGUGGACGACGCGGAAGGUCUCUCCGUGGCCGUGGAGCGCUGUCCUCUCUGUGGCUCCGCUCGGAGGAAGCUCACCUGUAGCCGCUGCGUUCAGUCCGGGGACUUCGUGUACAUCGACGGGAGGAACCCUGAACGACCCGUGUGUGGCAGGACGGGGCCGUUCGAGGUGGCCGUGGACCUGGAGGAGUCCAUGGAGUUCGUGGAGCCGGAGGCGGACGGGCCGGCGGAGGAGAGCGCCGAGGAGGGGGUCACCGACGACGAGACGGACCUGGGGGUGGACUGGGAGACGGUGCCCAGCCCCCGCUUCUGCGACAUCCCCUCCCAGCCCAUGGAGAUGUCCCAGAGCGCCGCCCUCCAGCUCUCUCAGCCCGCGGCGCCCGGGGGGAUGAUCUCCUCCGCCGCCGCCUCCGUCACCUCCUGGUUCAGAGCCUACACGGGCCAGCGCUGACCACCUCCGCCACCUCCUCCUGGUCCAGACCCUCCACCACCUCCUGGUCUAGACCCUACACCACCUCCUGGUCCAGACCCUCCACCACCUCCUGGUCUAGACCCUACACCACCUCCUGAUCCAGACCCUCCACCACCUCCUGGUCUAGACCCUCCACCACCUCCUGGUCCAGACCCUCCACCACCUCCUGGUCCAGACCCUCCACCACCUGGUUCAGGGCCAGCCCCCCCUAAGGAGAACCUCGUGGUCCAGAGCUGAACCAGUACCGGGCUGCAGACGGUCUUCACCUGCACUUGAAGAAUGUGUCUUCGUCUUCUUCUGAUUGGUCCGUCAGCAUGAUGACAUCACGUCCUGGUCCAUCCCUGGACGGGUUCCAGGAGGACCUACAGGUCGACACGCGUCCCUUCGUCUGCCUAGAGGUCUCUCUAUGCCCGCUGAGCGUGAAUGGGUGGUGGUGGUGGUUCUCCUCUGAGCUCUGGAGGAACCAGCCGCAGAAAUGCCCUCCUGUUCUCAUUAAAACCCUGAUUUAAAACCCAUUCAGCUGAAAUCGGUCACCUCCUUCCACACUCUGAAGAGUGGCUGCUGGGGUGGACUUAAGUACGGUAUCAUCUGUGACGUUAUGAAAAUACAAUCAUUUGUGUAUUAAAAAUAAAUAAAAAGAUGCCACAAAUGACCACAAA